CUUCGCACGCGACUUCCUUGGGACCUGGGAGCCACUUCAGCCGGGAAAAGUGAAAGGCCAGGAGGCGUUGGCUAAUUGAAUUUCUAUUUUCGAUCCUGCCCCAAGGAAAGCAGCCUCAAAGCAGGGAGAAGUUGCAAGCGGAAUGGGCGACUCAGAUAGCGAGGACAGCGAUGGAGAAGGCGGUCUGGGCAACGUCUCCCGGGUAAUCAUCCGCCCGCCGGGUCAAAGUGGCAAGGCCAAGAGGGGGCACCUCUGUUUCGAUGCGGCUUUCGAGACGGGAAACCUGGGAAAGGCGGAGCUGGUGGGCGAGUUCGAGUACGACUUGUUCCUUCGGCCGGAUACUUGCAAUCCGCGCUUUCGCUUCUGGUUCAACUUCACCGUGGACAAUGUGAAGCAGGAUCAGCGGGUGCUCUUCCACAUCGUGAACAUCAGCAAGAGCAGGAACCUGUUCUCCUCGGGACUGACUCCUUUGGUGAAGAGCUCCAGCCGACCCAAGUGGCAGAGGUUGUCCAAGCGCCAGGUGUUCUUCUACCGGUCGGCCAUGCACCAGGGCCACUACGUGCUCAGUUUCGCCUUCAUUUUCGACAAGGAGGAGGACGUCUACCAGUUCGCCCUGGCCUGGCCGUACAGCUACUCCCGGUUGCAGUCCUAUUUGAAUGUGAUUGAUGCCCGCCAGGGAGCGGAUAAGCGGUUCACUCGAUGCGUGCUCAUCAAAUCACUGCAAAACCGCAACGUGGACCUGCUGACCAUCGACCAUGUGACCGCCAAACAGCGCUCCACCAACCGCUUGGACCGCAGCUUCAUCCGGGUGAUAGUGAUCCUCUGCAGGACGCACUCCAGCGAGGCUCCAGCCUCUCAUGUGUGCCAGGGUCUCAUCGAGUUCCUGGUGGGCAACCAUCCCAUCGCCGGCGUCCUGAGGGACAACUUUGUCUUCAAGAUUGUGCCCAUGGUGAAUCCGGACGGGGUCUUCCUGGGCAACAACCGCUGCAAUCUGAUGGGCCAGGACAUGAAUCGCAACUGGCACAUUGGCUCGGAGUUCACGCAGCCGGAGUUGCAUGCGGUGAAGGGCAUGCUGAAGGAGUUGGACAAUUCAGAUGUGAGUACAGUAGUUUGGAAAGAAUCCCCUCUGAGCCCUCCCUUCCAGACCUACCAGAUUGACUUUGUGAUCGACCUGCACGCCAAUAGCAGCAUGCAUGGUUGCUUCAUCUACGGGAACACCUACGAGGAUGUCUACAGGUACGAGAGGCACCUGGUCUUCCCGCGACUCUUCGCCAGCAAUGCGCCGGACUACGUGGCGGAUCACACGAUGUUCAAUGCGGAUGAACGAAAGGCGGGCAGCAUGCGGAGAUUCAGCUGCGAGAGACUCAGCGACACGGUGAAUGCCUACACGCUGGAGGUCUCCAUGGCGGGGCACUACCUCAAGGACGGCAAGACCAUCUCCCUGUACAACGAAGACGGCUACUACCGCGUGGGCAGGAAUCUGGCCAGGACCCUGCUGCAAUACUAUCGCUUCAUCAACAUCCUGCCCAUGCCGAUUGUGACCGAGGUCCGGGGCAAGAGGCGGGGGCGCAACCGCCAUGCCCACCACUCCCGAUCCCGCUCGAAAACCCGCUACGAGGUGAAGCCCAGGCCCAAAACGCCUCGCUGCCACGCCCCCAUCGCCUACACCAACCUGAGCAUAUGCUACGACUCGGGCGGAGGAGGUGGGUCCUCGGACGAGGGUGGGUUCUCACCCACCCGACCCUUGGCGCCCGGCAGCAGCUGCUUCAGCGGGUACCGGAAUUACCGGAGGGCUGCCACCGCCAGUUGCUCCCAGCACCCCGGGCACGACCAGUAUUCCCCCUUCGCGCUGGGAGCCCUGAAAACGGGCAGCGAUCACGGCGGAGGUAUCGGAGGCUCCAAGGGCAAGCGGUCAGCAGCGGUCACCAUCGAGGUUCCGCUGCCCGUGAACGUGCCCCCCAAGCCAUACCUGUCCAUCAUCGAUUUGAACCAGCUGACGAGGGGAAGCCUCAAGCUGAAGUCCAACAGCUUCGACGCCGCGGACAGGAGAUAGGAUCGGUGAUCGGUGUGGG